AUGAGUUCGCGGAAACUUCAACAAGAAAUUGACAAGACAUUCAAGAAGGUGGAUGAGGGCAUUGAGGAGUUCAACUCGAUAUACGACAAGAUAUACUCCUCUCAAAACGCAUCACAGAAGGACAAACAAGAAGAACACCUCAAGCGCGAAAUCAAGAAACUACAGAAGCACAGAGACCAGAUCAAGUCAUGGGCAGCCGGAAACGAGAUCAAGGACAAGUCAGGCUUGCUCGAGCAGAGAAAACGCAUAGAAAAAUGCAUGGAGUCUUUCAAAGCAGUAGAAAAGGAGAUGAAGACCAAGGCAUUCUCUAAAGAAGGACUGUCGCAGAAUACCAAACAAGACCCGAAGGAGAAAGAGCGAGAUGAGUUGUGCGAUUUCCUGAACGAGAAGCUCGAGGAGAUCAACCAAUUCUUGACCGAAGAACUGGACGCCGAAGCCACAGCAUUGCAAGCUGGCAUGAAGAAGAAGCAGAAAGAUAACCAGAAAGCAGAACGUCUGGCAGAAAUCGAAGCAAUCUCAGAACGCUACAAAUGGCAUGAAUCGAGGUUACAAUUAUUGUUGCGGUCAUUGCAAAACGGAAAUGUCGAUAAUCAGUCAGUGCUGGACAUCAAAAGUGAUAUUGAGGAAGUUGUAAGAGAUGGCCGUGAUCCUGAGUUUGAUGGUGACGCCUACGAGGGCAUAUACGACGACUGCAACCUGGAUAGUGAAGAGGCGCAGUUUGGUCUGAUAAACGAGCUCGAUCACAUAUCCUCCCAAGACGCCCAAUCAUUACAAGACGAACCUCCUGAGCCCGAGCAGCCUCCUGUGCAACCAAAGAAGCCACGGCCAGACCCUCCUGUAGCGGUAAGAAGACCGUCAACACAACUCAAAUCACCUCUACCAGCGCUGGCGUUGCUAAACUCAAUGCCACCACCUCCUCCUGUUCCGAAAGACACGAACAUGAAGCCUGCACCAUUACCUGCGCAGUCGACCCUAAAGUAUGCAUCUGCGGCUGCAGCUGCAGCUGCAAGCGACAAGAGCGGUGUCGGUAUUGCUCCUCUACCUCCCCCUCCUGGCUUGUCUGCUGGUCAGCCAUCUCCAGCGAUAGCCAGGGCCUCCUUGACCACAUCUCCCAAUUCUAUAGAAGCACAGCCAGAGGAAAGACCUCCUACCCCAGCUGCAGCACCUAUCGAAGAAGUGCUUUCCAUGGAACAGCAACGUCCUAAAUCACCCUCACUUAGCUCCUCGAGCGCACCUGCCCCGAGUCAGCCUAGCAGUGUUCCGGUCACUCCAGCGAUGGACAAAACAGAAGCAAUCACCGAGCCCGUGAUAGUGGAUGAAGUGCCAGCUACUAAUGGUGAGGCACAAGAGGAAGUCGAGUCCAUUUACCACUUACCACCAGGCCUACAAGAUUUACUCGACUCAUUCGAAGCAACAAAGACCCGGGCUACACAACAACCAGCGCAACUAGCACGAAUCCUGCAAGCUUCACACGAGUCUUGUCCGGAGCCACAGGAUCUGGAUCGUCCCCAGCACUAUCGCCCGUCAUACAAAUACGCUACACCAGCGCAUUACCCUCAGGAUAUUCUUCCAAUAUUUGAUGAUCCAGCAUUGUACGAGAACCAACGCAUGGAGCCCGAUACUCUGUUCUACAUCUUCUAUUACAAGCAGGACACUUAUCAGCAAUAUCUCGCGGCAAAAGCCUUGAAGAAUCAGAGCUGGCGGUUCCACAAGCAGUAUCAGACGUGGUUCCAGAGGCAUGAGGAACCGAAGCAGAUAACAGAGGAGUACGAGCAGGGCACAUACCGGUUUUUCGACUACGAAAGCACAUGGAUGAAUCGGCGCAAAGCUGAUUUCAAGUUUGUCUACAAAUUUCUAGAAGACGACCUGUAG